AUACCUAAAAAAAAUGGCAGCAACGUUGCAGAUACCGUGUACGUUCGAGUUUUCCAGAGGCAAUGGCACCGGCGUGGCGGAAGCGAUCGGAAAUUGGGGCUUCUCUAACAGAGUAUUUAACGCCGGCCACGAAUUGCAACGUAUUAAGUGUCUCUUCGCAAAAAUGGAUUCUUUACGCAAACCGUCCGCCAAACCGGUGUGCGUCAAGUACGAUUGCAGAUAUGAUCCCGAAGCCUGGCACGUUAAGCCUAGUCCUGAAGAGUGCAAACCAGCAUGGAGAUUUCCUAUAAACAGACCCCUAAUCACUUAUACAUCCACCGCUACAUCUCUAAAGGUCGCCAGUUUGAUUAAUGUCGGAACAGACUUGGACUACGUUAUACCAGGCCGCACUUAUGUCCAACAAGGCACGCCGAAAUGGUACCGACGUGGUCCGGACGGUUGCUGUCAACCUAGUUGUUUAGCUCCGCAAUGUCCUGUACUGCGUUGUCCAAGAUACAAUUGUUGUUAAUCAGUUGGUGGAAUCCAUUAAACGGGAUAUUCUUGUUCUCCCUAUCUUGUUUCCUCCGAGUCACGAUGUCGAUCGAAUAUUUCCUUCGCUAUUUGCAGACCUUCACUAUUCGUUUAUUCGCGCUACGUAUACAAAAAGAAAUAGAAAUAGAAGUAGGGAGAGAUACAAGGAUGUAAGUGGUGAUGCAAUUAAUAAAUCAAUCAACGAACGACGAGAUCGAGAGUAUAGUGAGGUCGUUCAAUUUAUUUUUCUCGCUUUAACAAACACAGUGUUCCGAACCUUUGCGCAUUGCGUGAGAACAAUUAUGUUAAUUGUAUGGUGGGGCGGCAAGUGAUUUAACUGACUGACACUGCAAGAUUUUCACUCUGCAUUGUGUACACAUCGGAUAAAUGCAGUAUCUCUAAAUACGCUAACGUUACAACAAUGUACACUAAUUUGAAUCUCUUAAAAGUAGAAACUGAUCUCUAUAAAGUAGCAGUUUACACGAGUCUAAAUAGGGAGGAGCUCUGUGCUGCCAUUGCUGACGACUAUGCAUGAGAAAACGUUCUCUCCUGCAUGAUCUUUAUGUACAAAAAGGAAAAUAUAUAUAUUUAUAUAUGUAUAAAACUGAAUCGAUAUUACGCGAGUCAAUGGUACAAUAUAAAUAUGAAAAAUGUACGAGUGACAGUACAAUCUUUUUUUGCGCGAGUCAAUAACACAUAUGUUACGCGAAUUAUUAAAAAUAUAUACUUACCGUACCUUAAGCAAGUAAUAUACACAUGGUAAUAUGUAAAU